AUGUCAAGUAAUACAGUUUCUGUACUAGUGGUUCUUGUACCUUUCUUGAACUUUACUAGCUUUGAUUGUACCCNCCAAUUUUUCUUUCUUCUUUCCUCCCAAGUCUAUUCGACUCCGUUCAGUCGUCUAGGCCACGAAGCAGUCGCCGCCACUCGAUUCACGAGAUCAGUCGCAUCUCUGAUCAUCGAACCUCGAUGGUAUUGCUCGCCAAACUGUGUUGGUCUCCGUGGAUUACAGGUCGUCGCCCAAAGUCUCAAGAUUCCACAGUCACUCGAGCCCAGAUCUGAAGAUUCACAACCCGACGGCCAAGUCGCUCGCUGUCAGUCGUGCAAGGUGCUUCGAAUCUGUCGUUUCUCAUCGUUUGUGCUGCCAACAGUAAGGGUCGUUGGAACUUAUGGAUUUGGGUUUUGGAGAAGCUUUGAAGUUAAAAGUGUGCUAUCAAGAGGAUUUGGUUAUGGUUUCGACAAGCUUUUGGGCCUAAUUCAAGAUCCAUCUAAGCUAGGAGGAAGAUUAAUUUGCUUGUCGCUUAGACAUAAUUUUGACUUCGAGGAAAAGGUAAAGAUGCACCGGCGAUGGCGCAGCGGAGUUCGUGAUCGUGUCACUGGGACUAGACUUUUUCGCUUCCGCACCUUGAAAUUUGAGUCCUUAUUUUUCUCUUAAUAUUUAGUUUUUCUGUUUAAAAUGUAUUACUGAGGAUUAUUUAUUUUAUAUAUUUUUGUUAGUCUUUAAGAAUUUUGGGUACUCUAUUAUUUGU